AUGUCUCUUAUUUUGACUUGUGAGGGUUUGUUUAAAGCAGACUGGCGUGUAGCUGUAGAUGGGAAGGUCAGCAGACGUGUGUUUGUAGGGAAAUCUGAAAGAGGAUACCCCGUUACACAGCCGCAGCUCUUGCCCGCUGAUAUUAGCGAUGGCCUUUCUCCUCCGGGAAUGAAAGUCUCUUCUCAGUUCUACAGUCCUCACCGCCGGAGGCUCGCCGACUCCAGCAUAGGAUUCCCAGCUUUGGUUUCUUCUGUCUGGCAGGUUUAUCCCGGUUCCACCGGAGAGGACUAUAACCAGGAUGGCACCGGAUACCCCGGAUCCAAAGCUGCAAACCUUUAUCCAGGCUCUUUCUGGCCGGAUGGGCUUCCGGAUCAUUGGGGACAGUCUGGUUAUCCUCCUGUCAUGAGUAACUCUCCUCACAUCGGUCAGCCGGCUCCGUUCUCCUCCAUAAACACACAGAAGCGGCAGCCUUUGCCCCUGUCGCCGCAGAACUACGAGGUUAACUUACCCACCAGCUUCCACCAGGCCUCGGCUGGAUACGGCGUUCCCAACCACACGCCACCCAUCAGCACCACGGAUGGCAUCAUGGUUAGCAGAGCUGGAAACACAGGCAGCUCCGGCGCGGAGAUCGGGAAAGCUCUCGCUUCGGUGAGUUUGGGGUUUCACAGUUUACCACAGUCCAGUGCUCUGCUGCAGGGACACCACGCCCCCCAUCAGGCUCCGCCCACUUCCCAGUCCGACACCUUUACCAGUCUUUCUCUGCCUCGUUCCUCCAGCUCGGAAAUAAAGCGGGAAGAUAAGGAAGACGAUGAGAACCUGUCUAUCGGAGAUAAAUCAGAGGACGAGAAGAAAGACGGAAAAAGCCACACGCGAACGAGCAGCGUGUCGGAGGAGUGUCUGACGGUGGAGGAGAAGGAGCAGCGCGAGCGCGAGCGGCGCAUGGCCAAUAAUGCUCGGGAGCGGGUUCGUGUGCGCGACAUUAACGAAGCCUUCAGGGAGCUCGGCCGCAUGGUGCAGCCGCACCUGAAGAGUGACAAGGCUCAGACUAAACUCAUCAUCCUCCAGCAGGCCGUGCAGGUCAUCCUGGGCCUGGAGAGACAGGUGCGAGAGCGUAAUCUGAACCCGAAGGCUGCGUGUCUGAAGAGGAGAGAGGAGGAGAAGGCCACAGGAGAGCCGCAGAUGCUGUCAGGUCUGGGAGGAGACGGACACGGCCAUAUCUAACAUUCAGGUGAGCUUCACAUCUGUGGUUAUGAUGCAGUUGAAUAUUCAUGUUGGGUUCA